AUGGAGCAUCCCCCAAGCUCUUCCCUCUGGACCGGCCAGGCGCCGGCUGCCGAGAGAUCCAGUCAGCUGCUGAUUCGCGACUAUCCUCAUCGAGCCAUUGCGAUAGCAUCUCACUCUCACGCCCUCAUCCUCCGCCAUAGCUCCACGACAACCGAAGCCAUCGCCAGUGGCUCCCUCGCCUCGAUCCCUUCUGCCCGGACUCGCGGAGGCGACGGCGGCGCUUCGAAAUGUAUCGUCGAGUUCACGCCAACCUCUAGCUCUCUCCUCAGCGAUUACCGGCCCCUUACUCCUCGGCCAAUAUACGGUACUCUAGGUCUGAUAUCGAUCGACCGGGAUGUCUUUUUGUGCGUUAUUACGCAGGCGUCGAGGGUGGCCACCUUGCGGCCAGGGGAGACGGUGGAACGGAUCUUGACGGUCGAGUUCUUCUGUCUCAAUACCAACGCGUACGACGACGUACUGUCCGUGGAUCCUUGGGAUGUCAACGCGGACGCCUCCUCGGCUUACAGCCAGGGACUGAGUCGACGGGACGUCGGAAUUGAGCAUCCCUGCCAAGAGCUCCAGAAACUUCUCAGCAAUGGCACGUUCUACUACAGUACGGACUUUGAUCUCACCAACAGGAUGCAGGACCGGCCUGUGGACUCGGCCGCUUUUGACAUCGACAACUUUGACGAGUCCUUCCUCUGGAACUCGUACAUGAUCCAACCCCUCGUUCAGUUCCGGUCACGUCUUCAGCCUCCUGAGCGAGAAGUGCUGGAUGCGUCGCGAAUUCUCACCUCUGCUAUCCGAGGGUUUUGUCUCACGAUGGCUAUCCCUCAGAGCUCGGCUCCCUUGAGGUCAACCAGAUCGGGGAUGCCUUCUUAUCUCACCGUCAUAUCACGACUAUCAUGUCGAAGAGCCGGUACGAGAUUCAACUCUCGAGGUAUUGACGAUGAUGGGAACGUUGCCAACUUUGUUGAGACUGAGACGGUGUACUGGAGUCCUUCAGGGGUUGUAUUUUCGUACGCCCAGGUUCGUGGAUCGGUCCCUGUCUUUUGGGAGCAGACUGCCGGCCUCAUACCUGGCCAACAGAAGAUCACGGUCACUAGAUCUGCGGACGGCACACAGCCGGCGUUUGAUAAGCACUUUGAAGACCUGGAACACGCCUAUGGUGCAGUGCACGUUGUGAACCUGCUCAGCGAGACGAAGCCGGGAGAGGCUGAGCUGAGCCAGUGCUACCGCCUCGGUAUUCAGAGGUGUCCGCUCAGUCAGCGAGGUGAUAAGUUGUCUCGUGAUCAUGCACUUCUUCAGGCCACGGAAUAUGACUUCCAUGCUGAGACCAAAGGUCCACAAGGCUAUGAAGCUGCGAGGCAGAUCCGUCAUUACAUCGAGCACUCCGCAGAUGGAUUCGCGUACUAUCUGGCACAGGAGGCUGACGACGCUGAUGAGAAGCAUGGCGCUCAGAACGGCCAUCGCCGCUCUCUGGUGGUGUUACAGCAAGAAGGUGUCUUUCGGACCAACUGUCUCGAUUGCCUUGACAGGACCAAUCUCAUUCAAACACUUAUAUCGCAGAUGGCUGUGGAGGCUUUCUUGGGCCACAGAGGGGAGUUUGCCCCGUCCGAUUUCUGGAUGAGGCAUUCGAGCCUCUGGGCAGACAAUGGCGACGCGUUGUCAAGAACCUAUGCGGGCACGGGAGCCCUGAAGUCUUCCUUUACUAGGCACGGGAAGAUGUCUCUCGCCGGCGCGAUAGCAGAUGCUCGCAAAUCUGCCACGAGACUGUAUAUCAACAACUUUGCCGACAAAGGACGCCAGAACACGAUUGACAUUCUCCUUGGAAGGAUAUAUGGCCAAGCUCCAGUCGUGCUAUUCGACCCUAUCAACGACUAUGUGACCUCGGAGCUCAACAAGCGUAGUGGCGAGUUCUCGUCAUCAGAGGUCAUCAAUAUGUGGGUUGGAACCUUUAAUUUGAACGGUCGUACAGAUGGCAUCAAUGAAGAUUUGUCGCCAUGGCUCUGUCCACCCAUAUUGGAGGACACACAGCCCGAGAUCUUCGCCGUUGGGUUCCAAGAGAUCGUGGAGCUGAGCCCACAACAGAUCAUGAAUAGCGACCCCCGUAGGAAACAACUGUGGGAGGAGUCCGUGAAACGGACACUGAACAAGCGUGCUCAGGCUAUGGGCGGAGAAAGCUAUGUCCUCCUACGGAGCGGGCAGCUUGUCGGCGCAGCGCUAUGCAUCUUCGUCAAAUCAUCGAUACUGCGAGAAAUCAAAAACGUGGAAGGAAAUGUGAAGAAGACGGGCAUGUCGGGGAUGGCCGGCAACAAAGGCGCCGUGGCGAUCCGGUUCGACUAUGCCAAUACCCAUAUCUGCUUUGUGACGGCGCAUCUCGCAGCAGGUUUUGCGAAUUAUGAUGAGAGGAAUCGCGAUUAUGCCACCAUUCAUCAUGGGUUGCGGUUUGCGAGGAACCGGGGCAUCGACGACCACGACACGGUCAUAUGGAUGGGAGACUUCAAUUACCGGAUUGGGCUGAGCCGCGAGAAGGUGGACAACCUCAUUGCGCAACGAGACCUCGAACGCCUUUAUGAGAAUGAUCAACUCAAUCUGCAGAUGGUGGCGGGACUGUCAUUCCCCUUCUACUCCGAAGCCAGGAUCACUUUCCUCCCCACAUACAGGUUCGACAUUGGCAAGGACUCGUAUGACUCUUCAGAGAAGCAGCGUAUUCCCGCUUGGACGGACCGGAUCUUGCGGAAAGGCACCAAUCUUCGACAGCUAUCAUACAACUCGGCGCCACUUAAGUUCUCUGAUCACCGGCCUGUAUAUGCGACCUUUGACUGUACGGUUAGCAUAGUUGACGAGGAGCUCAGGGACAGAAUUCGGCGGCAACUCUACGACCGACGCAAGCUCGAGGUCGGUGAUGCCACGGCCAACCUCAAUACAGCCGAGGACACGGACGAUGAGGAUCUCAUAGGCUACGACGCGAUCGAGCCUGGACUCCCACCGGCCAGCUCUGACAGACAGAAAUGGUGGUUAGAGAACGGCAAAUUGGCUCGCUCGACGGUGACGCCGCCCAAACCUCCGUCGUCGGCGUACUCGACAGUGUUGAACCCCAACCGUCCGUCGAACCCUUGGGCUGCCACGGAUGAGCCUGACUGGGUAGCAGUCCCCAGAUCAGAGUCUCGGCUAUCAUCAUUCUCCAGUAUCUCGACGUCGCCUUACGAGCACAUCAACCAUUCCGCCAUCCUUUCCUCUUCCGCCAGCAGCCAGCCGCCGCGCAAGCUCCCGCCGCCCUACGACCCUUCGGGACUGCCCGCCAAGGUCGGAAGGCCGAAUGGGUUGGAAGGGCAAAAUCAGAUGCAGGUCCAGCAGAAGCAGGAGGUGCCACCACCUCCACCCCCUCGUCGCCAGACGGGGACUCCGUCCAACAAGACGCCGACCUCAAGUCAGGCGUUGCCAACCCUACCAUCGAGGACUCCCACCAUGCCGAUUAUGCGAGAUGCGCCUAGGUCGACACCCCAAGCACAGUCUAACGAUCUGGCUCCCCUGCCUCCGCGGCCUCGGUCCGCCACAUCGUCUGUGUCGCAACAGUCCACCACAAAGGCCAAGUCGCCGCCGCCCGUGGCUAAGAAGCCCGCGCAUCUCACAUCCCUCUCCCCCGUCAGCACGCCCACCCUUCAGCAGGGCGCCGACCUGGGCUCAUCAGCACUGCCCAUACGUGCGCACUCGCCUAGCGCAUCGUCGGUCGCUUCUUCUCGUGGGGGCCUGGGCAACUAUGUGACGCGUGACGAGGAAGUCAAGCCGCCGCGCAUGCCGCCGCGUAGAGUAGGUACGGCAGAGAUGCCGGCUCGCAAAGCGACACCGGGUGCGGGGGCUGUCGGCUUACCAGGCAUGAUACGGAAAGAGGAGGAGGCAAGGUCAUCAGCAGCAGCAGCGGCACCGCCGAAGCUGCCGGCUAGGAAGCCCAGCGUUCCGGUGCAUAAGAAGCAUGUGCUGGUUCCGGAAAAGCAGCAGCAAAACGGUCAGAGUAUGGAUUUACUAGGUGACGAUACAGGGGCUGGCAACGUGGGAGGCUGGGAGGCGCUGAAGCCGACUUGA